CGUCUAACAUGUGAAAUUACUACAGUAUGUCUUCAAAAAUCAACAAAGUACUUGAAUAACUACGAAGGACGACGAAAUUUGUCAAGACUUGAAAUUAAAUGUGUGUUUGUUGUGUGUUUUGCAGGUAUGAAUUUGCUUUGCCGAAGACUGAAGCGUCGAGGACUUUGAACAACUCUACUCAAAUUCAUAUUUUUUUUCUUCAAGUAAUGGACAUUUGACUACUAUUUUUGCCUCCAGUUUGUUCCUGAAGGAAAGGCUAACGUUAGCUUUUAGCUAUCACAGCCCCACCCAUAAGAACUUUCAGUUGAUAUUAAAACCAUGAAGGUUGACGAUAUAAAAUUUAUGAAAUAAGAGAUAUAAGUGCCUGAAAAGCACACUCUAUUACACCCGAGACGCUGAGGAUCUAUAGUAUCAAUAGAAUUGGGUUAUUUGCAGUGUUGUGGAGGUCUGAGACUUUAUAAAACUUCUACUACAACAGUUACACGGGUAAGACCUAACUGAUUCCUCACAUCAUGACAUUUCCAAUGAAUUGAUUUCCAACAGGGUUGCCGGUUGUGUACUUGAGUUGAUAAAUUGGCACGAAAACAGUUUCUUCAUAAAAUAUAUAAACAUACAAAAAUAUGUGCAUGCUUAUAAGAGUCAACCCAAGCAGUUCUAUCAGGAACCAUUUACAGGUUAGGUUAUUAAUAACACCUUUUGUUAUGAACAUUUUUUAGAUUCAUAAAAUUGAAGACAUUCAUAAUGGCCAAAUGACUUGGUGUUGGCUGUCUGUCUGGAUCAUUGAUUUUUUUCCAUAGUUAGUACUUAGACUGAUGGAAAUUAUUAAACAUUAAACGCCUUUCAUUCAUGAGUUUGUUUUACUGUCAGAUUAAUGUGUGACAGUUAUGACCAAUGUUAUUGGAUGUUGCACUAACAGUUUUAUUAAUUUGUAAUGCAUUUUUCCAUUGUGUAACUACAUAGACAGAACAGUGCCAGUGUGUAAACAUAAAGUGACCUGUAGGCGGCAGUAAGUGCCCUGAUAUCUACCUCUGGCUGGAACAGUCGAUAGUGAUGUCAUUAACACCACUGUAGUCUGAGUCACCACUGAGUAUUUAUCAGACUAAUGCUACAGUUUUCAAGCAUUUCAUACUUGAUACGAAUACCUCCAAUCACACUUAAUUGGUGCAUAUAAUUUUAAUUUGUACCAUUUAUUUAAUCAUUAAAUUGUAAAAAUGGGGUUUUACAAGGCACUAUUGAUGCUUCUGUUACUAUUCUCCUUGUUUAAGUUGCAUUUUUGCAUAAAUGUGAAUGAUUGUGAUAGGCGUGUGGCAUUAAAAAUUUGAUGAAUCAUUACCAGUAACAUUUCUUUCAAAAAUGAAUCUCUUCGGCUUUUUUUCACUUGAACAGAAGUUUGACCCUUUACUUUGUUUUGUGUUUGAUACAUAUGGAGAUAAUAUGUAUAUUUGUGAAAAAAAAACAUUCUUGCUACUUAAUAUAUAUUAAUAGUUAGGUCUGAUAUGAUCAGCGAAAUCUUUCAGUAAAGAAAAUUUAGGUAAAUAAAAAUAAGUCAAUUAAUAGUGGAUGUGUUUAAUUUUGUUUGCUGUUUAAUAAUGUGCAGUUUAGUUCUCAGCAUUACUGCUACUAUUUCAAUCAUAGUCUGUAAUGCCCCUCACUCUAUAAUUAAUAUUCUGUCAGUCUAAAUGUUCUGUGCCAUAGAGGACACAUUCUGGAGGCACUUGGAAUAAGUUACAGCAUCUGUCACUUGGUCCCUGCUAAGCUGGUGUCAAGUUGGCCCCGUGAAGCACUCCAAGAAUCCCGAGUAUGAGCCAGCACAUGAAAGUCUUCCUGCACUGUGGAUGUUUGACUGCCAGAGCAACUGAGUGCUGUGUGGCAGGGAGCAACUGUCUGGGGCUGCUGAUUUGUACAUGGCAGGGGAACCAGUGGACCCCCGAGAGAUUUUGAAGGGUGUGGAGGCUCUGCUGGGGAAGGAUGGAGAGCUCCGCAGCCUGGAGGGAGUCCCAAAGGUGUUUAGCCUGAUGAAAGGUUCAACCAAGAUGGUCAGUAGAUGUAUGUACCUGAACAUCCUCCUGCAGACAAAAUCCCAUGAUGUGCUUAACAGGUUUAUCAGAGUUGGUGGUUACAGGAUGCUCAACUCCUGGCUCACCUACUCCAAAAGUACCAACAACACCCCCCUGCUGCAGCUCAUCCUGCUCACACUGCAGAAGCUGCCUCUCAAAGUGGACCACCUCAAACAGAACAACACGGCCAAGCUGGUGAAGCAGCUUAGCAAGAGUGCAGAAACCGAAGAGCUCAGGAAGUUGGCGUCUGUGCUAGUGGAUGGCUGGAUGGCUACAAUUCGCUCUCAGAGUGUGUCAAGCAGCAGCAACUCUCCUGCCGAUAAGAAAAAGAAAAAAGAAGAAGGCAAGGUAACAGUGCGGGAUUUAAAGGAAAGGAGUGGAGAUGAAGAGAAGAAGAAAGAGAAACCGAAAGCUCAUGCACCCAGCCACACAAAGAUUCGGUCCAUAGGAUUGGAGAUGGACACUCCCAAUGUGGCUCUUGCUAAGAAGGCGCCCACUGCCCCACAGCUGGGUGACAAGUACAACAUCAAGCCUCCAGUCCUCAAGAGGCCAAGCUCAGGUGCAUCAGAUGCUCCACCUCUGGAGAAAAAAUACAAACCUCUAAAUACCCCCUCAAACUCUGCCAAAGAGAUCAAAGUCAAGAUCAUUCCAGCACAACCGAUGGAGGGCACAGGGUUCCUAGAUGCUCUGAACUCUGCCCCAGUGCCCGGGAUCAAGAUCAAGAAGAAGAAAGCUAGUACUGCUACUACAACUAACACCAAGGUUGUCUCCCCCACUUCUAACAAGGCGAGUCCAUUUGACAGCAAACCCUCUGCGUAUUCUACAUCUUCCACUAAACCAUCAUCUCCAGAAAGUGCUGCUUCCGUCACUACCGUUGAUGAAAACCAGGAGCCAGAGCAGCCUGGGACCCCCGUUCCCUCAGAGGACACAGAGCUCUCUGACAACGGUGAGAAGCCUAACGCUUUGGCAGAACCUCGUGGAGAGGAAGAAAGCUUGACUAAGAAGGGCAAAAAGAAGAAGACAGUUCACUGGGCUGAGGAGGAGCAGCUGAAACACUACUUCUAUUUUGAUUUGGAUGAGACAGAGAGAGUCAACGUCAACAAGAUUAAGGACUUCGGUGAGGCUGCUAAACGAGAGCUGAUGAUGGACAGGCAGACAUUUGAGAUGGCCCGUAGGCUCUCGCAUGACACCAUGGAAGAGAGGGUCCCCUGGACACCCCCAAGGCCUCUGACGCUGACUGGCAGCCUGGUCACCCCAGGGGCCAACAGCACAGAGAAACUCACCCAGAGAGACCGCGAGAUGGGCAUCCUGCAGGAGAUCUUUCUCAGCAAAGAGAGUGUUCCGGACAGUCCACAUGAACCAGACCCAGAGCCUUAUGAACCCAUGCCUCCUCGUCUUAUCCCUCUGGAUGAGGACUCCUCCAUGCUGGAUGAGGGCUAUGUUGAUCCCAUGGACACGUCUUUACAGCAGGGCUCUGCCAUGGCCCAGAACGAGAGCUCCAAGCUGCCGCCCGUCCUGGCCAACCUCAUGGGCAACCUGAGCAACAGCUCUCGCAGCCCUCAAGCCACAAACACUGCCAACAACCCUGUGGCUCCCACUGUCAAUGUACAGGAACUGCUCUCAUCUAUCAUGGGUGCUUCUGGUAAUCAGUCUACUGACGACUUGAUAAAGCAGCCAAACUUCUCAGACAAGAUUAAACAGCUACUUGGCUCCCUUCAGCAGACCCAGAACCAGAACCAGGGUGGACCCCCGCCAGUCAAUCCAGGUUUACUGGGUCACGGUCCAGGCAUGAACAAUAUGAACAACAUGAACAUGCACAUGCAGAUGCCCAUGAAUGGGGGCUAUCCACCUAACAAUCCACCCAGUGGUCCUCGCUUCAACCACCCUCCACCUCCUCACAACCACGGCCCACCUUUCAAUGCUGGUGGAGGCCCACGCAUGAUGGGGCCACCGCCAGGCCAGGGCCGAGGAGACAAUGGUAACUACUGGGGAGACGACUCCAUGAGAGGAGGGCCCCACAGAGGGGGCCACUUCCACAGAGGAGGACGAGGCCGAGGAGGAGGAGGGGAGCCGGGCUUCAGGGGCAGAGGACGAGGGGGACCCAGAGGAGGACACAACAACAUGAAUGAUAUGUCCAAGAGACCCGUGUGUCGUCACUUCAUGAUGAAGGGAAGCUGUAGGUACGAGAGCAACUGUGCUUUCUACCAUCCUGGUGUAAAUGGACCACCACUGCCCCCCAACCACCCCGCUAACAACCAACACAACCAGCACCCACAGCAUGGACACUAGGUGACACUGCUGCCUACCUGGGAACAACUCUUACAACUGCUUGCCUCUGGAAGAGCCAUUCUCUGUUAUCAAACCACUGCAGGCUGUAUGAGACACAAGGAUAGAAAGGGUCUGCUGUGUCUGUGACGUCACUGUGCCUCACCUGAGAGAGACCACAAGAGAGGAGCUGGGAGAGGAUCACUGAUGGUACUUUGUGUUUUUAUUGGGAUCAUUUUUAACAGUGGAACUGAAACAAGCCACCACACGACCUCCAUCUGUCCAUCACGUUCUACAAUAUUAACACGGUCGACCAAAUGGAACUCUCCAACUCAGCAGAAAGCUUGCCACAUGACUGAAUUUUCUUCUUAUUGUGCACCUACAUGUCAUGUUGCUUUCAUAUCCCCUUUAGUUUUGGUACUUCACAGGUCAAGUCUGUACAGAAUAGUCAGAAAUGUUUUCCCUUCUUACACAAUUCUUACAUGUGAGACAAAAUGUUGGAAGCACUUUACAGACAAAACAGCCAACUGAAUUGAGCCACAGCUAGGAUUUAUUUAACCUGGGCCUGAAGAAGAACUGCACAGUAUUCAAAAUGCUUUAUUUCACCCAAUCCUGAGCAAACUUUAGAAAUGAGGUCUGGUGAGGAAGGCCUUUUUUUGUGUUUUCUUCCAGCAGCUGGUUUUGGAUGUAAAGAGAUUAUGAAGAAGCAACAGCAGUGUGCUUUAUCAUAUGGACGCUUUCCCUCUGUGCACUCUGGUCCAGCAGCUCGUCGUCAGACCGUCGGCGUAUGGCGUGACAAUCAUGAGCUUCAGACAUGCCAUGAUCCUGUCAAAAGUGCAGUUUCUCCCUGAUCUCAGAGCUGCUGCCUGUGUCUUCUGUACUCCCAUCUGAACCCAGGAGGGGUUUCUAUUGUCAGUGUUAGAGUCAGAUGAAUGUGGCUCAGCUAGAUUGAGUGUUUUCUGUGAAAACAAUGACCUCUGUGUCUCUUGUGGGACUGUAAGAAUGUAAUGGUUUUGUUGCUCCCUCCACCAUUUUAUUUUUAUUUUGAUGCAAUCCUGAGAAUGUUGGCCCUCUUCAAGAUGGGUUCAGCUUCUUGUCAGUAUGAAAUGUUUGUAUUUGCGUGUUUGUAUGAAUGCAGAAUACACAUUCAUAAACACACUCACUCAUAUUUUCUGUUGAAUUCUUUUGUACAGUGUUUUGAAUAAAUGUCAAAACAUAAA